AGCCAAAACAACUCAGUACUAUGAAUCAAAACCCAGUCAUCGUGGCGUAUAAGUCCGUGGAUGACCUCAAAACUGUCAAAGAUUGGUUCUACAAUUUUACCCCUGAAAAGGACAACCGACAGCGAGCUAUUGACAAAGUUAAAGCAUGGUCGUCCCGAGCAAGGCUUCCACAUGGUCUAGAAGCUACCUCGCUAUUGACAUCUAUUCAUCUUAGCGACAAUGGCUCCAGUGACUCUUCUGUUAUCCAGCUAUCGUAUUCAAUGGCGUUGAUUCGAUUUGUCAAUGGAUUAUUGGAUCCAUUUCAACAGUCCAACUAUGCCAUCCCUUUACAUCAUUUGGCAAAACUGGUGAAUUUACCAAGCUUUUUCGUGGAGUUACGACAUAUGGCUACUCACGAGGGGUUACCUAGUUUACCCAUGUUACGAAUUGCAUGUACCCUGGCAUUGAACUGGUUGUAUGACCAUUAUUGGUGUCUUAUUGAAGAAGAUGUUACUGACAAUGGAGAUGAGCUUGAAGAAGAUAUAAUUGCAAAGAAAAGUUUGACUGAUUCGGAAUUACUCUAUGUCAACGAAACAGUGGGUCAAGUGAAAGCAGACUUGGAUAGGUUUCAAGUGGUUAAUAACUUGAAAAUAUACAAGAAACUACGGAAACAAAACUUGGAUGUGGUGAAUAGAUUGGGUGAUAAUAGUAAUGAAACAGCUACAAAAUACAGUAAAUGUGUGUCAAAGUUAAAGAUAUUUGUUAAUACCAAGCGACAGGGUUUGAAUCUAGUGGGAUUGGUGUAUCCUGUAGUGCUAGCAAGGGUUCUCGUACACCAAUACUUUAUCAUAUACAGCCAUGACCGUGUUCAGGAUAAGAAACUCAAGUUCAACCCAUUAAUUAUAAAACUAUACCGUCCGUUGUUUGACGAGUUGGGAUUUUUGUUCAAGGUUAGAUUUAUGAUUGCAAUUAUGGAUAUCCUAGUUGGAGACAGGAAACAACGAAACGUGGAUAGUUUAAUUUUUCAAAAAUUACACUAUGGCGAGAUAACUCAAUGCGAUGAGGUUAUCCAAUUGAUGGAAUGGUUGAAUUAUUUUGUCGAAGAAGCACUAAUUUCUCCACAUACCCAGGAUUACACCAUUGAAGAACUAAAUGUAACCAAUAGAGCUUCCUUGUUGAAGUUGAUAAUAGAAAAACUACAUGUGAUAUAUGAGAACUUACCCUCGGAAAUAGCAUGCUCGUCUAUGAUUAAGGUGGUAUCGGCCAUUAUUAGUGUGCUAACGAAUAAAAAGUACAAGAAUUUCUAUAAAGAUGACAAACGACAACAAUUAGAAACAUGGAAAAAGCAUUUGGUGCAUUUACAAGAUACCAAAACUUCAUACGAGCUACCACCUUCAUUGGAUGAUAUUUUAGGAACAGAUGUUCCUUUAUCUGUAUCGCCUACUCCGGUGCCUUUAUCAGCAAGCUCCUCGGUAUCCACGGUUAAACGUAGCUUAGAAGAUGACAAUGGACCGCCAAAACGGCAAAAGAAAGAAGAGCCAAAGUUAUACUUUUUUGAACUACACGACAACUGGAAACCAACUCCCUUUGGGACUUCUGUAUAGAAGUGUACUAGUAAUGUUACAGUUGUAUAGUAAUGAUAGCAUAGAGAAUGAAAAAUGGUGGGGUGUGUUUAUAUGCAG